GUUCUCGAGUGAGGUUCCCGGAUGUGCUCGUCUUCAAAGGAAAUGGCGGUGCGGUGAACAUGUGUGGAUGCGAGCAAGACUGCCGGUCAACGCGUAAACCGCUGGAAAUCGUCUCUCAAACAUGAUACAAACCGUUAACAACACCUUUGGUCCGUAAUUACCUCUGAUGUUAGUUAGAAUUUGAUUUCAUUCCAUCCGAAAUGGGCUCGAAGGUGAAAGUGGCCGUACGCGUUCGGCCUCUGAAUCGUCGAGAAAUAGAUCUGGGAUCCAAGGUCGUCGUAGACAUGGAGGAAAAUCAGACAAUUCUGCUUCCUUCUAGAGGGAACGACAGAAAACAGGCCAAGAACUUUGCAUUUGAUCAUUGUUUCUGGUCAAUUGAUGCAGCCAAAACUAAAUUUGCAGCACAAGAUAAGGUCUAUGAGUGCUUGGGCUCAGACGUAUUGGAGAAUGCAUUUGAGGGAUACAAUGCCUGUAUAUUUGCAUAUGGCCAGACAGGCUCAGGUAAAACCUACACAAUGAUGGGUGCAGGUGAAGACAAGGGGAUUAUUCCACGACUUUGUGUCAAUCUCUUCAGAGGAAUUUCACAGAAUGACAACCAUGACAUAACAUAUAAAGUGGAAGUCUCAUACAUUGAAAUCUAUAACGAGAAAGUCAGGGAUUUGCUCUGUCCUAGAGGUGGAAGUGCAAGUUUAAGAGUAAGGGAGCAUAAAGUUAUGGGUCCCUAUGUAGAGGGGCUCACAAAACUUGUGGUAUCAUCUUUUGAAGACAUAGAGGCGAUCAUGAUGGAAGGAAACAAGUCAAGGACAGUAGCUGCCACACGAAUGAACACAGAAAGUAGCCGUUCUCAUGCUGUCUUUAACAUUCUCCUUGCUAGGACUGAAUAUGACCACCAGACAGAGUCCAUAGGUGAGAAAGUGAGCAAACUUAGCUUGGUUGAUCUGGCUGGCAGUGAGCGGGCAUGCAAGACAGGUGCCGAGGGUGACCGUCUUAAGGAGGGGAGUAACAUCAAUAGGUCCCUAGUCACCCUGGGCCAGGUCAUCUCAAGCCUUGCAGAACAGUCUGCCGGAAAGCAUGGCAAGAAGGGUGCCCACUUUGUGCCCUACCGAGACUCAGUGCUUACUUGGCUUCUGAAGGAUAACCUUGGUGGUAAUAGCAAGACGGUAAUGGUUGCGACCAUCAGUCCGUCUGCUGAUAAUUAUGAGGAAACUCUGUCAACUCUGCGAUACGCGGACAGAGCCAAGAAGAUCGUGAACCAUGCUGUGGUCAACGAAGAUCCGAAUGCCAGAAUUAUCCGCGAGCUACGAGAAGAGGUGGAAAGACUUAAACAUCUCCUACAGUCCAAGAUCGCUGGCUUUCCCAUACAAGAAGAGACGGGGGAGCUUGAAAUUCAGGAGAUGAUAUCUGAGAACGAGAACCUUAUGAAGGAAUGUACAAUGUCUUGGGAGCAGAAGGAAAAACAAACAGAGAAGAUACAGCAAGAGAGGCACAAGGCAUUAGAAGAUAUGGGCAUCUCCAUACAGUCAUCUGGAAUUGGCGUGGAAAAGAACAAGUUUUAUCUUGUGAACCUGAAUGCAGAUCCAGCCAUGAACGAGCUACUCGUCUACUACCUCAAGGAGCAUAGUAAGGUCGGACGCCUGGACGCUAAUCACACACCAGACAUUCAGCUAGGUGGGCUAGGGAUCCUACCAGAACACUGUGAGAUGGACAUAGAAGAGAAUGAAGUGUACCUAACGCCCAGUCCAAAUGCAAGAACAUUUGUAAAUGGACGUGAUGUCAAGGAACGCACUCUGUUGCGUCACGGGGACCGUAUUCUGUGGGGCAACAAUCAUUUCUUCCGUAUCAAUUGUCCUCGCCCUCCUGGCAGCAGCGAACAGCAACCGGAGCAACAAGUUGACUUCAUGUCCGCGCAACAGGAACUCAUGAUGCACGAAAUCGCGCAAGGUCCGUUACAGGAGUCCGUCCGAGCACUCGAAGAGCAGUACCAGGCAGACAAACAAGGCGCUCUUGAAAAACAAAGACUCAUGUACGAAGAGAAGAUUGAAGAACUUAAAAAAGAAGUCCAAAUGAGCCCGUUCGGAAGCCGACCACAAAUCGAUCGCACGUCGAGCCUGAGCUCGUUUAGUUCGGGUUAUGGUUCCCGGAUGUCGUGGUAUGAGGAUCGCGAGCUUAGCCAAUCACAGUACGACCCGAGACCCGAGCAGCGGCCACUCGUGCUAAAAGAGGAAGUGCUCAAAGCAAACACACUCGUACGCGAGGCCAACCAGCUCAGCGAAGAGAUGAAUAAAGACACCGAUUUUGCUGUCACAUUACAGAUUCCCACUUCCAGUUUAACUUUCGGAAAAAGUCGUUCUGGCUACAGCAGCGAAGUUGCCAUUGUAGUCAAACACAAAAGCAGAGGAACUCAAAUCUGGUCUCUGGAUAAGUUGUCAAACAAGAUUUAUGACAUGCGAGAGCUGUACAACCAGUGUAUAGAGGAAGGAGUACCAUUCAACGACAAGGUGGACGAUACUGACCUGUUCUUCGAAGUGGAGUGUCACACACUCAUCGGCGUCUGUAACGUGUUCUUGGAAUGCUUGCUACACGAUGUCAGUCACGAGUAUGCUGCACCAAUCAUUAGUCAGCAAGGAGAGGUUUGUGGUCGCUUGAAAGUAGAGGUUUCUCGUGUGACAGGUGAUGAUCAAAGCGAUAACGAGUCUGUUGGUUCAGACGCCGACGGACGCAUAAGUCCCGAAGAUCCAGACGAUCUACUCCCCGAAGACGACGAGGGACCGGAUCUCCUUGAAGAGCUCCCCCCUGGUUCCAUCAUGACCGUGGGGGUGAGGGUGAUCGAAGCAUUUGACCUCCCCCCGGCGCUAUGCAAUUACGUGUUUUGUCAGUACCAGCUGUGGAAGGAUGAAAACACCGUCGUGGUGCCUCCUAUUAACGCGAGCAUCUCACAUCCGGGACCCAAGACAAAUACAAUGAUCUUUGAAAACAAACAGAUGUUUGAUAUAGAAGUGACUGAGGAAUUCUUGGAAUACGCUUCUGAGGGCUCCCUCGCCAUCGAGGUCUGGGGUAAUCGCUGCCAGGCCUUCGACAACCACAACAAGGCGAACUGGAGUGUGAACAUAGACACGCCCCAGAAAGGUCUACAGGACAGGUGGUCCGAACUCGUCCGUAAGAUGGAAAUGCUGGUAGAAAUCCACGAAAUUAACGACCAAGGCGUGUACGCCCCGGUAGAGCUCCAGACGCGCGUGGCGAGUGAGUCGGGCGGCACCUUCCAGUUGCGCCAGGGUCACUCUCGCCGCCUCGUGGUGCGAGUCAGCCCCCUCGCUAGGUCCGGGGCGCUGCCCGUGGUGUGUAAUAUCAUCACCUCUGUUAGUGUGGGCAGCAUCUGUGUGAGGAAUAAGAAUCAGUCUGCGCUGGAUAGUUACCAGGAGAAAGAUCUGGCACUCAUGAGGGAAAAGUGGUCAAACUCACUCAUGAAGAGACGGGAAUACCUAGACGACCAGAUCCAUUCCUCCAUGAACAAUCCAGACAAGUCUGUGGUAGACAAGGAGCGAGAAAGCUGGCUUAUCGACCAAUGGGUGUGUCUGACAGAGGAACGGAAUGCAGUGCUCUGCCCUCUCCCCGGAUCCGGCAUACCUGGGGCACCCCCCACAGACGAGAAUAUCCGGCCGAAUGUUGAGUCACACAUUCCAGUUAUAUUCCUGGAUCUUAAUGACGAUUUCCGUAAUGGUCUGAAUGAGGACGCUGGCGCUGCUGGAGUUGACACAACUCUCUCUUUUGAGAACCCUGAUAACAUGGUGGAGCUGCCGAUCAUCAAAUACGACCAGAAACAGGUAUCUGCAACCACAUCUUGGGACUCCUCUAUCCAUGACUCCAUCUACAUGAAUCGCAUCACCAGCGCCAAUGAGCGCAUCUAUCUUAUUGUCAAGGCCGUGGUCCGUCUGUCGAGUCCGGUUGCCAUGGAACUGGUCCUCAGGAAGCGAAUCUGUGUCCGAAUCUACAAGAAACAGAGUUGGAAAGACAGCAUUCUACGGAAGAUCUCCAGGGAUGCUUUUUACAGCUGCGGGGUGUACUACGAGCUGGUCUCGCACAUCCCUCGGCAACCGGGCGAGGAGACGGAGGAACGUGCUAGUCUCGCUCAGAUGGCAGCACAAGCCAUGGGCGAGGAGGAGGAAGAUGAGACCGUAUUACGGCGCUACAGCAAAGGCAUCUCGAAUGUGGAGAGUCUACUGGCCAUAGAUAAGCUACGCCAGGAAGUUGUCGUCAAGGAGAAGCUCGCCGCCAUUGGCAAACCUUUGCGCAAGUUUGCUAGCACGCCUAACCUGGCCGCCGUGUCGGAUUUCUCUCUGGCAUCCAGCCCAGGCCGCUUUGAAUCACCUGAGUCCGCUCGUUACUGGGACUUAAAAGGUAUUGGUCGCAGCGAGUACCAUAUAGCCAACAGUCAAAGCUUCUCUGAAUCCCGAUCCAAUCGGAGCUCGGGUCGUGACGACCUUCUAAUCGAUUUCUCUUCGUUUGUGUCACCACCAAGUACUUCGUCUCCUGUACAACUUCGGGAUACUUCUGUUAAACGCAAUUCAUCGAAUUCUCGUCCGAGCUCUUUACUUCUUGAGCUUGAAACUCUUGACGAAGAUGUCCGAUCAUUAACUCCGAGUCCAAAAGCACAAACUCAGACGAACUUGUUCGACUUUAACGACAGUAGAUCGGCAGUGUCCGAAGGCACGAUCAGUCCAUCGCCCGACGAACUUCGAGAUAGAACAGCAAGUUCGGAUACGAUUACCUACGACGAGCCUCCCGCAACGCCUUACGACGACUUACCCACGCCAACACCCUUCGGGGCGAAGCCUUUAGUAGCCCCCACGCAGCCCGAAUCUAAAACCGAAUCCAAUAAUUGGGGGAAACCUCUUCUUAAGGCUCCAGAGCUUCUGUCAAGGAAAGAGCCAUCCAAGUUUAACGUUGGAAAAACAAAGAAAACAAACCUACUCGAUCUCCAAGCCGCGUUUACCGAAAAGAUGGACAUGUUCACCUUAGAUUCGCCUGAACCGGAAACUUCUGGGCCCUCGUUGAUCCCGGGGCAGAGCACCAAUAAGAAACCGAAGACAUUUGACGAUUUGUUCUCAAUAGAAAGUAUUAAGGCUGAAUUAGAAAAGUCAAAAGUCGAGCAGGAGGGAACUGGUACUGACUCUAGUGACUUGACGGACAUCUCCGGUUUAGUACCGGGGCUAAAGUCAGAGGAUUCUAAACACGACACGACAAUAGAGUCACCAUCUUCCGAUAUCUCGGCACUAUUGUUAGAUACCACAGCAAAUGGAGAAACUGACACUCAGACCUUUGAAACCGCUAUCGAUGCAGAAAAGGUAUUACGCACUGAUGUCACUUCCGGUUGCACAAAUGACAGCUCUGGUCGACAUGAGCAGAAAGAACUGGAUGAUGAUUUGACAGCUGCCAUUUGUGAGAAACCGGAAAUAACCGGAACACCGGAAAUGUCCUCAACCCCGAAAGUAACGACUUCACCGGAAGUGUCAUCCACACCGGAGGUAUCUUUUGUACCAGAUGUUCUAUCCACACAACAAGAAAGGUCUACACCGGAAGUGCCAUUGACACCGGAAGUGCCAUCAACGCAACAAGCGACGUCUACACCGGAAGUAACAUCCACAUCGGAAGAAACCACUGCUCCAGAUUUGUCACCCAAGCAAGAAGCAACACCCACACCGGAAACGACAUUCAUAUCGAAAGUAACCUCUGCACCGGAAAUAUCUUACACACAUGAGGCAGCGCCUACACCGGAAACGCCACUCACAAGCCAAUCAGAACAGCUUUCCGCAAAUCAAGACGGUUCAUCCGCUGAUCGUCUUUACGCCGCGAGCGAGGGUAGCGAGGGAAUGUUUGGGUCACGUGACGACCUAUCAUCACUUGGCAGCCGUGAUGACCUUGAGGACUGGGACGAGUCUAACUUAGCAGGGCUGAGCGUUGGCAUGGCAAUUGAAGUUGGGAAGGGCAAGACUGGCGUGAUUCGCUUUAUCGGGGCGACCGAGUUCUCGCCGGGGCCCUGGGUAGGAGUAGAGCUCGACAAGGCUGGAGGUAAAAAUGACGGAUCAGUUUCCGGAGUCCGUUAUUUCGCGUGCAAGCCAAGGUUCGGUUCGUUCGUACGACCCGACAAAGUCAAGAUAAUCACGAACAGUGCCCGAGAGCGGUCGACUUCUCGUCGGUCCGGGUCACGUGAUAUUCCGACUCGGAGCUCUUCAAUUCGCGGCCUGGAGAGAACCGAAAGCUCGUCUCGGAGUUCGCUCGGUAAGGCUUCGACGAAGACGAGAACUGACAGUCCGUCUCGUGGCGCCAGGAAAAGCGAAGGAGGAGCGAGUGCACCCGCGGGUCGUGGUCCUAGUCCCGCCACAGGAAGCCCGGUUGUAAAGAGAGAAAACUCAGGUGCAAAUCGCAAGAAGAAUGAAUGGAAGAGAAGAUCGAAUAUUUUAUUUUGAAUUAAAAAUAGGUUGUAGAUAAGAGAAUUCAAGAAAUCCAAAUGGUUCCAAGUACAUUUUUACUAAAUUAAGCGGAAUUUGAUAUUUAAGACGUCAAGUUUGUCAUUAACUGCUCAAAGACCCUCUGAUCGAUUUGCGUGACACUAAUGCGUGACGCUGUUGUUUAUAAUUUUAGUUUGAAUAUUGAGACCUCUUAUCAUUUUGGAUGAUUUUGACUAUCCAUGCAUUAUUUGAAUACUUCCAGGCUGUCUAAUUCUAAUAGACCGUUUUCACGAUGUUGCGUGCGCAUCCAAAAUAUCACAGACUGGCGGACCACCGCUGAUAUAAAAUGUUGUACGAAGUGGAAUUUACAGACGAAGCUAUAGAUAAUGCUGUCAAAGUGCUAUAGUCAAACUAGCGCUAGAGUCAAAUACCUCUUCGCUCGCAUUUUGGAUCACCUAUGGCCCGCCAGUCGUGGCAUGCGCGCGCAACAUCGUGAAAACGGUCUAUUAAGGUUGGUUCUCACUAGGACGCAAGCGUAAGCGCAAACGGAAGCGCAACACAAGUGAAAAUCGGUCAAACACAAGCGCAAACGCAAGAAAAUCAAGCAGUUGCGUUCUCUUGCGCUUCCGCUUGCGCUUAUGUUCUAGCGAGAAUCUGAAAACUACGUGCGUUCCGCUUACGCUUUACAAGGUGAUUCAGGUGGACCCAGGCGUGUAGACAGCGCCCAAAAGAGUAAGCAUUACUAGUCAAAUAGUGCGGAUGCUGUCUAGACACUAUGUGGGAGGUACUAUAAGGUAGAUCAACAGCAUUACCUUUGUCUUGUGUCCACUUGAAGGUAGCUUCUUUAGCAUAGGCGUUAUUGCACAGCGCCUUGGUGGUCUUUUUUUUGCUCUAGAUAAUUAUGUCUCGCGCAAGUUGGUCACAUGGUCUUUUUAUUCCACUUUUAUCCGAAGGCGUAUCGUUUUUCGCGAUUUGUGCUUUAGCGAUUCACUUUCUUUAGAAUGUUCAGUUAUAGGAUUCAUUAAUGAGCCUAAAUAUUGAGAAAAUGAUGCGAAUUCGUUGGAUUCAUGAGGAAAUCAAACAAAUGUACUUUUGGGCAGAAUUAUAAUUUUGAUAUUAUUGAGGCUCUAAGCCAGAAAAAUUAAUGCCUGCAAUGGGAAUUCGGGAGGGAGAGAUAGAGGCUAAACAUCGGAAAGGGGUAGGGUUGGGUAAGGAGUCCUUUAUUAUUUUUAGGCAUGGGAUACCUGUGUUCUCCUCAGGUGUGUAAGCCUAGUUAAAAAAAGGGAAAAUUACCCAAUGAAUUUUAUUACGUUGUUUUUUAGUUAUAUUUUCAUUCCACUUUUAAUUGUUUUAGCAAAGAGCGUUUUUUUUACUCGAGAUAUUGCGUGACGUCUUACCAUCCUUUGUUACGUAAUAUUGAGCGUUAUUAAAGCUAAUACCGUGACGCUGAAACACAUGGGCUAGUGAUACAAACAGGCCUUCUGUGUGAAUUUUUUUAUUUUAAUUCAACAAGCCAGCAUUUACAAGAUAUUAUAUUUGUCCCAGUAUCUUAGAACUCUUAAAAUUCUAAUGAUUCAUAGUAUUGUUAUACCUUUAUAAACAAAUAAAUUCAGAUGUCAUGUUCUCUCGUACCGAA